UUGUCGUUAAGUGAAGAAGCAAUAUCAUGCAUUGUGUAAACGAGACACAUCGUUUGUACGAUGUGUUACAAUAUUCAAUCAUUUAUUGGCAAGGGCAGGACGGAUACGACAUCACGUUGAAGAUGGUCGAUCCAAUUACAGGCGUAUCAACGAAUAAAAAUCUAAGCGCAAUGAUAUACUAUACAUAUCGUAUGAUGAUUUGUACAAAUGAGGAGAAUGCCAUUCUGAAGUGCCGUUCGCUAUUCCAGCAAUUCGCUGUCGACAUGUUUGUCAAAGUCGAGACCAAAUGUUUAGCGUUCAUCCGAUUCAAUCAGGCAAAGCUACGAUCUGAGAACUAUAUACACUUCCAUGAUGCUAUUCAUUCAUCAUCUUAUAUCGGAAUCCCACGCCACAUGCACGAAUACGCUCAAGACGCUAUGACGUACAUACGUGCGAAAUUAUGGAACUCCGGAUUUAUUUUUUACGUUAACAUGCAAUCCAAAGUGGACGAAAAUUGAACAUGAGUUGGAACCCGGCCAAAAACCGCAAUAUCGCCAUGACAUAAUCGCCAGAGUAUUUCAACAAAAUCUAAAGGUUAUGAUGGAUGUGCUGAAAUGUAAUUUUUCCUUUUCAAAUAUAAAACAAAACAAAAAAAAUUUUCUUUAUCUUUUAAUCACCAAACGAAAUGUUACAUGAAACGAUGCACUUGGUGGCGAAACGGAGUUCGCCGGGCUUUCUAGUUAACAUAGCAAAUAGAUAUUUAUAUUCAGUGGAAUUUCGGCUUUGCUUAUAAGUAACCAUACUCAAUGAUAUUUGAACAAUAAACAAUGAUAAACAAUUGUAAAAUUUUGUAGGUGGCCGCACCAAUAUGGUCGCCUGGAUGCAGUUGAACGCAGAUGAAGAAGCUACAGACCUGCCAGAACACAGCACGCCGGACCCCGACAGUAUGCCUCUUGAUGUUUCCCAUCGAACAUCGACAUAGUGAGACGCUUAUGCUCCCAGUUAAAGAGCAGAAAUCACCCCUGCAGCCACCUGCUUGGAGCGGA